ACCUUGGUGGUGGGAGGAUUCGAUCCCAGGCUCCACCCUAGGACGACUCGGGAACGGCCUGCUCCAUCACCUAGCCCUGGGGCCACCGCCCCCUCCCCCCAAGAAGGGCGCUGAAGGAGCCAACGGAACGUGCCAGAAAAAUGCCCUCGUCUUUGAUUCUAGAACCUCGGGUCUCCUAGCAACGGGACUGCAGAACUUCUGCAAACAUUUAGAGGAAUGGCGUCCACUCCUGCCAAGAAUGAAGAGAAAAAGGGUAGCUGGCCAGCUCAAACUACAACCUCCUCAAGUGGAGGAGGGUCGAAGGUCUCAGUAUCCCGUUCUGAGGAGUUCCUGACCCGGAUCAGCAAAGAGCUCACAGAUGAGGCCUUGUUUAUGGCACACUGCCACAUGAACACUGUACCUACCAAGAAAAAGCAGACAAAAGAUCAAGGGACUCAGAUAUCCAGACAUGUGUUCUUCACCAAGACUCAAGGCACAGACACCCGCUCAGACAGAAACUGCACCCGCAACAAGAUACACCUUCUGCCAUCCCUUCGUGAAAAAGGAGCUCUUUCCAACAGCCUGACAACGGGAGGAUGAGUUCCACCCUUCAUACUGCUCUUGGCCUCUUGCCCUCCCCUGACUUUGCCUUUAUUGCAACUGGUUAAAUACUUCAUCUUAUGAGGGCAUCCUGGGAAUGAGCAGUGUUGCCUCUGAAACCAACAAAGCCUUCUGGAACCACGGCAGGACUCUCCAUCCUCCAUGGGCAAGCGCACCACAGGGAAGAAAGGUUUUAAUAAAGAGCCAGGGAUCCUCCCUUCCCCAUG